AUGGCAUCCAAGGGUCUCUCUCCCUACCGCUCAGACACAUUAACUUUGACGCUCAUGGACCGUCGUCCGGAAGUGCGCGAGGACGUCUUGGCUACUCCCAUUACUACCUACAGAUCAUCAAGGACUGCUCGCUCCGCCUCACGACAGACCUCGCGGGAUAGGCAAGAGCACACGUACACACCGAAAUCACGCGCAACGCCCAAUCUACUGGAAACACCCUCGGGUACAACUGUGCUGACCUUUGACGAUCUGGUUUCUGUGGAAACGCCCUCGGGUACAACUGUGUUGACCUUUGACGAUCUGGUUUCUGGUAAGGAGAGUUCGCUCCUCGAAGGCGAUUUGACUAACCUCACGUCUGAAGAUGAACAGAAGCAGAGAAAAAAGCCCGGAGGCGCGGAAGCCAGUGAAGGGAUUACGAGCCACCAUGAAGAAUCGGACGCCUACAGUGAGGACUUCGAGUCUGAGAACGAGGCAGAGGUACUCGAUGAACGGAAGUCACCCGGAGUGUCGCCCAGUCCCUCGUCGACUUUGACGCAGCCCAAGAACCACAAUAUCCGAAGUGUGAAACAAAUGACUGAGGUUUCGGUCACUAACUUCAAUUAUGUAGAUACUGGUUUAGUACGAGUAAUUGGAGCCCCCAAACUGAAUUAUCUCAAAUCUUGUACUGUGUCAGGAGCCUCUGAGCCACCCAAAAACAUGCUAUGGUCCACCGACGCUUGCCUGAAGUAA